AUGCGUGCCUUCGCCGUCGCUGCUGCCCUCUUCAUUGCCGGAGCCCAGGCUUCGCCUACUCUCGACUCCCGCGAUGUUCAAUACGGAUGUUACUUCAAAGGGAAAAUUCUCACCAAGGACUACUACGUAGGCGUUGGUAGUGAUAUUGAUAUUCGCGACACAAAAGGAGUAAAACGCCACAUUCACUGCCAAACGACUUCCGAACAGAUUGUUCGCAAUGUUUUUGCUAAGUGCACUGUCGAUAAUGAGGAGCCCAUCGGUAUCUCCGCCGACGCGAAUGACAAGUACGCCAUCGACUGCCCCGUACUAGAAAGGGCGAAACACUAG